AUGAACAAGUAUAAGCCGAGGCCAGAGGCACUUCUGAAGCUCAUAGGUGUCCUCGAGCCAUUUGUUAAGACUAGGCAAGAAGUGACUAAAAUCAGGCGCAUCUUACGACUACUUCUUAAUUCAAAUUUGCAGGCCGCAAAUGACCAACCCACAAGCUAUUUUCUCUCGAUUACAGAAUCUUCACUUUCUCAGAAUCCACCACGAACUAGAAUGAAAGGACGUCAUGGAGAAUACUUAAGAUGUCUUCAGGCCAACAUCAAGGCCAGAAAUGAGCAUACAAAAUUGAGUAUGGAGCAUAAAGUUAACAGCGGAGAUGAAGCCCACUCUGUAGGUGGUACUAAUAGCUCAUUAAACCAAGACGACACCAACUCGGUAAUGGAAUCUUACAUUGACCUCCUGAGAAAGCGGCAUAAACGUGAACGUUUACGUUUAAUUCGAGAUAAUAUUGAAACUUUCUUCCAAAAGCCAGCAGCUUCUAACAAGUUUCUUAACUCUAAAGAUACACCAGAGAUCUUAGCAUCUUUACCUAAAGUUCCUUCAGAGCUAAUGCAACAAUCAGAUAUUGACAGGGACUCGAUAGAAGAGGUCCUAGAAGACAUGGUUAUACGACUGGAAAAAUCCAUCCUACGAGCUAAGAUUAUACUUCGAAGGGAACAAACUUUGAAUUCUAAACUUAGGGAUCAAACCCCUGUCACUUGUCCAGUACCACAAGCAAGGCUGUUUGCUUUGGGUAGUACACGAGACGAGUUGAUUACUUGGAUCGAAAGUGAACUAGCUAGGGUAGGUGAAACCUCUGGCACUACGAAUAAAACUACUCUAGGCAGCUUCAGUCACCAAGAAAUUGGUUCCGUUAAUGUGGAUGACAGCUUAAGGGCAAUAAAAGGGCAAUACUCUGGAUACGUGGCCGUUAGACAGCUCUUAAUUGAUUGUCUUCAUGACAGUAUUAAAAUGCCAUUUCAUCUUCAUGAUGAGAUAUCUAUGACCACUGAGCCUAACGAAGAGCGGGGGAGCUUCGAUUCUGAGUAUAACCCACACCCUUGCCUUAAUGAGCUGGCACAUCUAACAACUGAAAUUAAACAAUGUAUUCAACACAAAUCAUACCUUACAUCGAGUUUAGGAAAACAGCAUGAUAAGACAGUUCGAGAUUUCGAACGUCUUGCGCAAGAAAGUCAUCUGUUACUCUCUCAUCCAAACCCACUGUCAAAGAAACAGUGUGACAGGCUUGAUCACCCAGAUUCUCUCGUAGCUAGACUCCCUAGUCGUGGAAAACCAGAUCUAAGUUUUCAUGCACAAGCAUGGGUACAUGCCGCUCAGUCAGCAAGUCACACCGUCACCGAGGCAGUCCUAGUAAAUUUGGAAAACGGGUUAACCUCCGCUGCAAACUCUCUUCAUGAAAUAAAUAAUCUUAAAAGUCUGGUAGGUAUUGAUUCUGAGGAUAAAAAUAAUAACAUUAGACGUGACAUUUGGGAGGGCCUGAAUGGAAAUUUAGGUGCUAUUAAAGAAAUAAUAGGUGAAAUUAAUUGA